UAGUAUUUUAAGGGCAUGGGCAUCCGCGAAAAUAACCAGUAUAUAGCCUAUCCACAAGAAUGUUUUUGUCAUCUGUAUUUUACAGGGCACAAGAGUACUACGGCACUACCUUCAUUGAAACGUUUGACAACAUUUUGGCCAUUCCCGUAUACUCCAUAUUAUACGAGACGUACUGAGAGACCAGUGAUACGCGAACAGGAAUAUGACAGUCCAGACGAAAAUCGUAGCAACGGUGGUAGCGACGUUGCUGGACAAAGCACAGGAAGCUCGUACAUUAUCAGAUGGAGUACACCACAAUUGAUGAUCGUUGCAGUGCAAUAUAUUCUUACAGGACCAUACAUAUCGCCUUAUGCCCCUCAGGCUGGGAACUAAAACAA